GCGGGGGCGGCGGCGGCGCCGGAGCGGCGGGAGCGGCCAUGAAGGCGGGAGCUACUUCCAUGUGGGCUUCCUGCUGCGGAUUGCUGAAUGAAGUCAUGGGGACGGGAGCAGUGCGUGGCCAGCAGGCUGGGUUUGGGGGAGGUGCCGGCCCAUUCAGGUUUACACCAAGUACAGACUUCUCAGCGUAUCCAGCUCCAGCUGCAGCCAGCACUAACAUUGUCUGCAAAGCCUGUGGACUUUCCUUCUCAGUUUUCAGGAAAAAACACGUGUGCUGUGACUGCAAGAAGGAUUUUUGCUCCGUUUGUUCAGUCUCACAAGAGAAUCUCCGGAGAUGUUCCACUUGUCACUUGCUGCAAGAAACAGCCUUCCAGCGACCUCAGCUAAUGAGAUUGAAAGUGAAGGAUCUGCGUCAGUACCUGAUUCUCAGGAACAUCCCAACAGACACCUGCAGAGAGAAGGAAGACCUGGUGGAUCUGGUGCUGUGCCACCACGGAUUGGGGUCGGAGCAGGACAUGGACGCUGGCAGCUUGCGCUCGUCACGCUCACAGACCUCGGGGUUUUUCACUCAUCCCUUUCCCAUGUCUGUAUCCACGUCCAAUCCAGGUGAACUCGCAAACAGAAGGGGAAGCACAGGAAGUGGAACAUCUUCACGGGGCCAAACGGAAACAUCUGUAAAUAAUGAAGAAGAAGAAAGUGCAGAAGAGCAGACCCCUGGACUGUCCAGGAAGCGAGCGAGGGCGUCGCUGUCCGACAUCUCAAGCCUGGAAGACAUCGAAGGGUUGAGUGUUCGGCAGCUGAAGGAAAUACUGGCCUGUAACUUUGUCAACUACUCAGGAUGCUGUGAGAAAUGGGAACUUGUGGAAAAAGUGAGCAGACUGUACAGAGAGAGCGAGGAAAACCACAAGACACAGGGUGAGAAGAUGCAGCUGAACGAGGACGACGACAACCUGUGCCGGAUCUGCAUGGACGCGGUGAUCGACUGCGUGCUGCUGGAGUGCGGCCACAUGGUCACCUGCACCAAGUGCGGGAAGCGCAUGAGCGAGUGCCCCAUCUGCCGCCAGUACGUCGUGCGCGCCGUGCACGUCUUCAAGUCCUAGGCCGGCCCCGGCUGGCGGGGGGCGGCAGCGCUGAGCCCCUGCAGCCCCUCAGCCCGUCAGUUCUCGGUUACACACGGCCCUUGAGUGCCGGGUUUUGGAGUUUGUGAAAGGUUUUUCUACCCACCCCCUCCUGCAGGGCAGGGCUGGGCAGGCCGAGGCCAGGCCUGCGUGUGCAGGGCUGGCGCUGCCCCGCUGAGCUGAUCACCCUGUUGGGGACUGCUGGAGUCAAACUGUUUACAGCAGUUCUUGCUCUCUUCUGAAGAAUCUCCUUAUGCGUUCAGCACUCGGCGAGUGGUCAGCAAACACCUCUGCUUGAGCCCGUGAUAGCCUGUGGCGUUCUUAGUGCAUUAGAAGCAAUGAAUAUAUCAGUUGAAUAUUCAGCUUUUCCCUUACUCUAGAAUGUACCUGUCCCGACACGGGGUCGGGCACAGCUGUAGGAAGCACUGCCAUGAACUGUACCUGCACAGAAGCCCUUAAGCAAUCUGGCUUUGUGCUGAUUGCUCCUUCUGAAUGUCUGUCAUGACACAAUGUGCUGUCUUGGCUGUUCUCUGUCACUGUACAAAACACUCCGUCACUUUGCAGGGCUCUGGGGCUGCACAGGGCUCUGCCAGGUGGGCUCCAAAAACCAGUUACUGGGUGGUUUUGGGUUUAGGAAGAAAGUAUUUUUUUAAAAAGGGGUAUUCUAGCAAACCAUAUUAGUGUGGUCCUUAAUCCGCUCAUGCCUGUUGUAGCUAUUACUCUGCGAUGAUUGUACUCCAUGUGCCGACAGCCUGAUGUUACUGUGAACACUGAUCAGGGUCACCACCUCCUGCUGCUAACGUGGAA